AUGCAGCUUGGGAGUGGAAACCUCUCAAUUGAAACAGGAAAAGUUGCCAAACAAGCAGAUGGUGCGGUUUGGGUACAAUACGGUGGAACGGUUGUCUUAGUAGCAGUCGUCGCUGAAAGAAGAGAGUCAAAUCUAGACUUCUUUCCAUUAACCGUAGAUUAUCGUGAAAAAUCUUAUGCGGCAGGGCGCAUCCCCGGCGUCUAUGGUAGACGUGAACCACGCCCAGGCACAAGUGAACUCUUGACGGCGCGUCUAAUUGAUCAUUGUAUUCGUCCCCUUUUUCCUAAGGAUUUUCAAGUGGAAGUACAGGUCAUGUGUACGGUGCUUGCUUCGGAUCAGACCCACCCCGCUGAUGUGCCUGCGCUCAUCGGAACCUCGGCAGCACUCAGUAUCUCCGAUAUACCGUUUAGCGGACCUGUCGGUGCUGUCACAAUCGGAAGGCUAGAUGGGGAAUUUUGUGUUAAUCCGACCUAUGAAGAAUUAGAAAGAUGUGAAUUAGAAUUUUUCGUCAGCGGAACAGCCGAUGCGGUCAUGUCUGUCGAAGGUGGAGCGCACGAGGUGCCGGAAGAUGAAGUGAUUGAUGCGAUUGUAGCAGCUCACCAAGAGAUUAAAGAGAUCACUAAACUUCAGGAAGGUUUAAUUGCACUUUGUGGAAAGCCUGACCGCGAGUACAAAAUGAAAGAAAUCGAUGAAGGAUUGAGUUCGCGUGUCCGAGACCUUGCUACAGAAAGAAUUCGUGAAUCCAUUGGCAUGGACCAAGAGCAAGACCGUGAUGGCUAUCUUGAACAGGAAAUUCUUGAUAAUGUUGACACAGAAGAAGAUGGGACCGGAAUCUCGAAGGAUGCCGUUUCGAUAUUGGGCGACAUCGAGAAGGAAGAGAUGCGCCACUCAAUCGUGAACCAAGGAAAGCGCGUUGAUGGACGGGGUGCCACAGAUGUUCGAGAUAUUUCAGGUGAAGUUGCGGUCCUACCUCGUGUCCACGGUUCAGCGCUCUUUACCCGCGGACAAACCCAAGCCCUUUGCGUGACGACACUCGGGACCAAAGGUGACGAAGAUGUGAACCGUUCCUUGACCGGAGAGGUUAGAAGAAACUUCUUUCUUCACUACAAUUUCCCGCCAUACAGCACCGGCGAAGUCAAGAGAAUUAUGGGCCCAGGGCGAAGAGAAAUCGGGCACGGGGCUCUCGCUGAAAGAGCGAUUCAGCCCGUCAUUCCCGAUCGAGAUGAGUUCCGAUACACAAUUCGUGCAGUAUCCGAAAUUCUUGAGUCCAAUGCGUCCUCCUCCAUGGCGAGUGUAUGUGGCGUAACCCUUGCAUUAUUGGACGCGGGGGUGCCCAUUAAAAAACCUGUGGCAGGGGUUGGUGUUGGAUUGAUUAAGGAAGGCGAUCGCGAGGUCAUCCUGACGGAUAUGCUCGGUACGGAGGAUUUCCUCGGUGACAUGGACUUUAAGGUCGCCGGCACUCGGGAUGGCAUCACCGCUAUCCAGAUGGACAUCAAAAUUGACGGCGUGACACCGGAUUUGAUGCGAAGAGCCAUUCAUCAAGCAAAAGGCGCGCGUUUGGUUGUUCUUGAUAAAAUGGGCGAGGUUAUUGAUAAGCCGCGCGAUGAGAUUUCUCCGCACGCGCCACGUAUCUAUGAAAUCAAAAUUUCGCCCUCUAAAAUCAAAGAUUUGAUUGGUCCCCGCGGCAAAACCGUUCAGGGUAUUCAAGAGGAAACCGGUGUGACAAUUGACAUUGAGGACGAUGGGAGGGUCGAACUUUCAUCAUUCAAUGCUGAAGCUGCUAACAAAGCCGAAGAGAUGAUUCUCUCCAUUACUGCAAUUCCUGAGGCCGGCAAAGAAUACGCAGGAAAAGUUACCCGUAUAACAGGAUUUGGUGCUUUUAUUGAGAUUAUUCCUGGCCAGGACGGAUUGCUUCAUAUCUCUCAAAUGGGAGAUGGGUACGUCCGACAGGUUGAAGAUGUGAUGAACAUCGGUGAUGAGGUGGCUGUGCGUGUCAUUGAGAUUGAUGACCAAGGACGUGUUGACCUGACCCUUGCAAGCAACCCGGUAACCCCAGAUGCAACUGCAUCUGAGCGAGGGGAGUCACGAGAUCGGGGGGAUUCGCGUCCACGGGACAAUCGUCCAAAUAGAGGUCAGCGUGAUAGUCGUAACCCUCGUCAAAGUCGCGGCGGCGAUUCACGAGAUCGGCGAGCACCAAGAAUCCCCAAAGGCAGACUUUAG